AUGAAAUCCCAAUUGAACAUCAGGGACUCCAGUGAAGAAUUAAUUUUCCACACCAAUCUUGAUAACGAAAUAUAUCAGUGGCGUGCUGAAUUAAGAUCAUCAGAAUAUAUCUCCAAUCCUUUCUCCUCCAACGAUCAAACUUCUCUAUGCAACAAAUCCUUGAUAAAGAACAGUAUUUUUUUUUUACAGAAAUGCAAAAACAAUCGGCUUAAUUAUAUUCAAGAAGUUUCGAAAAAUAAUUCUGUCAAAAUAUCACUUUCUCUUGAACCUAUUUUCUUUACAAGUCUUGAACGUUCUCACUUUCAUUCUAUCGAAAGUAAAACAAAGGCAGAAAUAGCAGGCAAGAUUGAUCUAUAUGAGGAGCAGAUUGAAAAACUGUUUGAUUUGGAUUUUAAAGCUGAUAUGCAUAGGAGAAUGCAAUGGAAAAGAGAUAUAAAAAAUGGUGGGAAAGAAAUGGACAUUAAUUUCUACUAAGAAUUACUUGAAGUUGUAGAAAGUUCCCUAAAUGUUAAAAAUGACGAAGGUGCAUAA